GAAAUCUAUCGACGCGUUGACUGCCGGUCGUGGAUCGUGGACUUUAAAAUCCUCCCUAGAAUAUUAUGCGAUGUAAUAUAUUUUUUGAACCGGUGAGUAAUUCUCAGUUUAGAAAUUAUGUUUGAAAAUGUAUUUGGGACACUUUAUAGAAGGUGACACUGUUCCAAAAAGUGAGAUGUGUUGACUUUGAUCCUCCGAGGGUAUCAUAACCCCCUCCUGCUAAUCUAUUUAUCACCUAAACUAAUGAUUUAAGUGUUGUCACGGUAAAUCAAAGGAAAAAAUGAGACACUUACUUCUUAAGGAAACAGGGAGAGUACAUUUGUAACUGUCAUUCUGUUAUGAACGGUCAGAACUUCUCUACUCUACUCUGCCCCUGAGUUACGCUUAUCCCUUACACAUAAACCAAUGCAAUACCUUCUCAUUUAUCCUUUUCAAACAAAAAACAAAAAAAAAAAACGAAAUUCCUUUCCGCGGCGAUAGCACGAAUCUUCCACUUUUUAUCUCCUUCAUUUUUUCAGGCACAAUGGACUUAAUUAACGCCGAAGAACAUGUUGAUGGAGGUCUGAUAAAUUGUAGUGGUAUGUCACACGUAAUUGUUACUGUUCAAGCUUUCCUUCACUGUGCUCACUUCAUGCGGUAUCUGAAGCAUCACAAUGUCAAUACCUGCACAUCCAGCCAGUGCAUACUGUGUGAAUUCCUUAAUGUUUAUCACGAGUUAUGUGAAAAAAAAAUCUCAGACCCAGCAUCUCUAGUUACGAUGUGGCACAGUAAGUGAACAGAGUAUUUUUGUACAUGUAUCUUUGAAAGUUCAAGGGAUUCUUACUAUUUAUAUUUGUGUUCUUUAUUCAGAUGCUUCAUGUAACAUGCCUCUUGAGCAAAGAAGCAGUCCACUUUUCGUCUUGGUUGUGUUUGUUAAUUUGAUUAGACUGAGCUAUUCCUGUGGUCGUCCCUGUGAAAGUGUUGCAGAUUACGAAGCAACACCUGUUGCCAAAAUCUGGAAGUAUGAGCAGGAGACUGAAGUGUCAUGCUCAUUCUGUGGUGGUGAUGAACAGAAAAAAUUUAAGUGUGUUCUGGAGCUAAAAGAUCAGUCAAUAAGAGACUUGCAAAGUUCUGUUGAAAGUGAGUUGUUCAAUACCAAAGAAGAAGUGUGUCCACUGUGCAGUGAAAACGAAGCAACCAUAAACUUGAGAGUGGUUGAUAUGCCAAAAUGUUUGCUCGUUCAUCUUGAAAAGUGUACCUUACUAUCUCCUUUACCAUUUGAAUUGGACAUCAGGGGCACAAAGCUCUCACUGAAAUGCAUAAUUGUUGAGCCAAAGGGCGUACGUACAGGGUGUUACAUAAUAACCAGAUGCCAUGAUCAUAGAUUUAGGAGAUUCAAUGACACUCAAAUCACAGUGGCUUCUCCCACAAGGCUAUCUAUGGAGAAUUUUUACACAAACUCUAAUGUUACUUUAAUGUAUGAAAGUAAAGUAGAUGAGCAAUGGGGGAACCAAGUCUCAACAGAUCACAUAAUGGCAGUCAAAGGAGACAAUAAAAUUCAGAUACAACCCCAUCCAGAUGAGUCUCCUGUGCGCCACGCUGAGAGUUUGAAUGAUGAGGGUGAUCAAGAGGGCAGGGAUCAUUUAGCAAGAACCUGUGAUGCAGAAGUGCAGACAGAACAAAAGUGUGUAGUUGACCGUGGAGUACAAACACUGCCAUACUAUUCUUUUGAAACGUGUAGAUAUAAUCCAAAGUUUAAGUUUUUCACUGGUUUGGAUGUGGAAGAAUUUCUCACACUGUAUGAAUUAAUUGGUGGUGAUGACACUAUUUCCACAUUGAAAAGAAAGUACACUGGUAGAACGCCAGACUCCAAAAAAAAAAGACAACAAAAACUUUCAAGUGAAGACAAACUUUUUAUGUUUCUCCUGAGGUUAAGAAGAGGAUUUACUCUUGAAGACAUAGCAGAAAUGUUCAACAUUGGUCACACUCUAGCUGAGGACAUUUGCUACAUAAUGACGAGGCAUCUCUAUUUAAGUUUCAAAGCAAUGGAAAAUGAAAUGUUCCCAACAGCUGCCCAACAACGCAAAUAA